AUGUUGCAGGAAUUUCACAAUACCCCACAAGGGGGUCAUUCGGGGUUCCUUCAAACUUAUAAGAGGAUAGCCGUUAACGUGUACUGGCCAGGAAUGAAGAAUGCAAUACAGAAUUUUGUCAAGAGUUGCGAUACUUGUCAAAGGCAUAAAUAUCUCGCUGUCUCCCUUGGAGGUCUUCUCGAACUUCUACCAAUGGACUUCAUUACCGGUCUGCCCAAGCUAAGGGAUAUGAAGCAGUCACGGUGGUUGUUGACCGCUUGUCCAAAUAUAGUCAUGAUCGUGACUUUGAGAAUCUGUCGGGUGUAG